AUGUCUCCCCUUCUGAGAAUCCGCGCUCGUAUGCGCCGCUCACAGAAACUGAUCCCACAGCCCUCAAGCCCACCACCGGCAAUCAAAGCCUGCCUCUUCGACAUGGACGGCCUUCUGAUAGAUUCCGAAGAUAAAUACACCAUCUGCACCAACGAAGUCCUCCGCGAAUACGGACGACCCGACCUCCCAUGGAACAUCAAAGCCCAAAUGCAAGGCCGUCCCGGUCCCUCCGCGGGCAAGAUCCUCCACGAUUGGGCACAACUCCCCAUCUCCCGCGAGGAAUACAUGAGCAAGAUUUCCGCGCGGCAGAGGGAACAUUUCCCGACGUGUCGGCCUCUUCCGGGGGUCCGAGAGCUGUUGAAGAGAUUGGGAGAUGAAGAGGGAGUCGAGGUUGCGUUGGCGACGAGCAGUCAUAAGGGGAAUUUUGAAUUGAAGACGGAGCAUUUGGAGGAGCUAUUCCGAGUCUUCACGGAAGAGCAUAGAGUGCUGGGGGAUGAUCCGAGGAUUGGAAAGGGGAGGGGGAAACCUGCUCCGGAUAUCUACCUGCUCGCGUUGAAGACGAUCAAUGAUAAACUCGCGCGACAGGGCAGACCGGCCAUUACGCCGAGCGAGUGUUUGGUGUUCGAGGACAGCGUGCCGGGAGUGGAGAGUGGGAGGAGGGCAGGGAUGCAGGUUGUGUGGUGUCCGCACGAGGGAUUGGCGAAGGAGUACAAGGGACGGGAAGAGGAGGUGUUGGCGGGACAGUGUGGAGAGUAUAAGGAAGAGGUAGAGGAGAAGAACGAGGAGCUGGGAGUCGUGACGGGUGAUGGGAAGGAGUCGAGGAAAGGGGCGCCGGGAGAGAUUGGGGAUGGGUGGGCGGUGUACUUGAAGACGCUGGAGAAGUUUCCGUAUGAGAGAUUUGGCAUUGGGAACGGAGGGAAGAGGGAGAGUGCGUUAUAA